AUGGGGCCGACGGUGAUCUUUCCCCAACUGUCCAGCACCAUUAUCACGGAGGCGACGAUGAGGCUAUUGCUGCAGCUCAUGGCCCAGACGUUUGAAGUCACGAUCGGGUCCAACUUCGCUCGAAGUGCCUUCACGCACAAGGGGGAACCGUUCGACCAGUCGUUUUCUGCACAAGACGAGACCGACAUCCCCCCCGCGUCGUCGCUCGUGGUAACCAACGAAACGUUUGUAUUUGCACCGUUGGAGUGGAUGAAGGAGGACUUGAACGGCCUGUUGCCCCUCUUUGGGCGGGACGCCGACUUUCGCAACCUGGUCAUGAAGACGUUUGAAGUGAUCUUUCGACCGGAAAACGUGCUGGCUGUCACGUACAACCCCAUCUUUGGCAGCUUGUGGCGCCUGUGCUGUCGCCAACGGUUGGACCCGCGCCUAGACGACCUCACCGCAAAGCUGUCGCAGUGUGUUCCGACGUUGACAGGGGGCGCCAAGGUGCAAGUGAGCCAAUGGCUGGAGGAAUCGUACAACGAUUCGCAGCGGAUUCGUGACGCGAUAGCAAACGCGGCACCUCUGGGGCCGUGCUUUACACUCGAUAUAGGGCACUUGUCCAUGUCCAAAGCGAGCAUUCGGUCGCUUGCUCGAGCCCCCCAACCAGGGGUGUUGGAGGGCGUGCAAAACAUACUGGCGCGGCUGCAAUACCACCAAUCCCCUCCUGUGUAUAGCGACAAGGAGGACGACGACCUAAUGUACCUCCCACAGUCCCACUCGAACGAAUACCUGUUUUCAUUCUUGCCGCAUCUCAUGUUCCCUUGUACGACGCUCAGUCAGCGAGGCGUCGCCCUUGUCGCGUUGGUGCGCACGUGGCUGCCGUUUGAUUAUGCGGUAGAGUUUCCAGAGAUUUUCUCGGCCGAGUUCGUCCAACUGUUGUACCGUGGACAAGCGUACCUGACGCCUUUUGAACAGCAAGUGUACCGUCAACUGUUUGUAGUUCACCGCCUGCGACUGGCAGCUACCAAGGACGUAGACGUGGAUAGCCUCUGGCCCGACCGAAAGGCGCGGUGUCACACAUGCGGCUACGACACGAGCUUGUCCCUGAUGGUCUCGCCCACUUUGUGUGCCAUGUGCGUGACCUACGGCGACGACGCGCCCACCCUUCAGGCAAACACCGUCGUGUCCGGCAACGAGUCGCAUAUCGUGGAAUGCCACGACUGCCACGGCAUUUACGCCGUGUUGCAAGUCGCCCUCCAACGGCUGGCUGUGCGAGCCCCCACGUCGCCGUCGUACAUGGAUGGACCACCGACAAAGUCAAGAGUGCGUUUGUCGAGAUGGUGUUUCGCACGCCCUACGAUUCCAUGGUUCAAACUGUUCACGCAAAAACGAGCGGUGCUGCUUGAAACCUCACCGGCUUGGGAUGGGUCGACGGUGUUGCACAUGGUGAUGCAUUUCCAAGGCAAAGCGAUUCUCCAAUCGAGUGCCAUCUAUGAAUCCUUGAAAGCCAUCGUCCUAACCGAUGAGUUCUCGCUGCCAUGUCUUUCCAGUGCAUGUGGUCGCUGCCCGACCAAGGUGUGCACUCCGUGCUUGACAAAAUGGUUUGGCGCAGCCCAGCCUGGUCACCUGGUGUCGCCUGCAAUGCUGGCCUGUGCAUUUUGUCGUGGAUUCCCCACCCUUGGCGUCCUCCGCAAAUACAACCGCGACACGUGUGCGCUGCAGAUGGACUCACGCGCCGUCAUCGAACCCAACAUGCACUACGGCUGGUGUCUGGGUUGCUACCGUGUGAAACAAAUGAUGAAACGAGAUUGCACACGCGACCCCCCGCUGGACGAAGUUGCUUUUCGAUGCGCCGAAUGUGUGGACGCCCACGCUGCUGUCGACUUGGAGUGCAUUCUCGUCGAGUCGCAAGAGUGCCCCAACUGCCAUGCUCAUACAGAAAAGGCGGGCGGGUGCAACCACAUCACUUGCAUUUGUGGCCAACACUGGUGCUUUGAGUUUGCCACUGGAUUUGACACUGCCCAGCUCGUUUACGACCACAUGUACACCUCCCAUCGCGACGACGGCGGCAACGAAUGA